GCCGACGCAGCAGAUGAUAAAAAUGUAAAUAAAGUGCACACUGUUCUGCUUACAAAUAGGAUGAUUGUAGUGCAAAGAUGACUAAUAUGAAAUAGUGUACAUAAAGUUAUUGUAUCAGUCACUAUAAAUUAGAUUAUACUGAUGAAAAAUCAAAUAACAAAUAGCAGAACAUAUUCUACCGUCUAAUACUUAUAUUUAGCAUAAUAGGUUAUAAAUAGAAAUGAACAUGCAACCUAAAUUUAUUUAUUUUGUCUUGACGUUUUUAGCUUUAAUGAUUCGUAUUGGAGGAGAAUUAGAAAACUUAGAAGUAUUACAGAAAAAUGAACUUGAAUCAUCAAGUAAUUCAACAAAUACUUUAUCAGGCAAAGAAAAAUCAGAACAGUUAAAUAGCAUUACAAAUGGUUCUGAAAUGCCAGAAAAUGAAAAAGAUAACUCAAAAACUGUCGCAUCAGACUCUGAGGAAUUUUUAGAAUUUUUAGAUGCAAGUGAAAUAGAAAGUAAAAAUACAAAUGAUACUUCAUUAAGUAAAAAUACUAAUAUAACUACAGCUAAUUCAACAUCAAUGAGUGCCACAAAAGUAAAUUGUUUAGAAGAUAAAGUAUUUGGACCUGUUGAGAUUGUCAAUUAUACACGGUUAAUGGAACUUUUGUUGUUGGAUGCUGCACCAAAUAGAACAAGAAAUAGUAAAGAAGAUAAAGCACUUCCAGGAACAUGUAUCCUUGUUAUGUUUUAUGCUAAAUGGUGUGUAUUCAGUAGUCAAGCAGCACCACACUUCAAUGCUAUACCUAGAUUUUAUCCACAUCUCAAAGUUGUUGCUAUUGAUGCAAUGAAAUAUCAAAAUUUUAAUACCCAAUAUGGAAUUGUUGGAGUACCUACAUUGAUGCUUGUUCACAAUGCAAAACCUGUGGCUAAAUUUAAUGAAACUGUGUACACUCUAGAGACUUUUUCAAAAUUUGUAUCUCAUUUAACAAACCUGAAACCUAAUGAAUCUUUAUAUGUUACAUCAGCAGACUUUAGUGGCCCAGUGUCAUGUGUUCCUACAAAAGAAACUGACUACUGUUUAGUUUUGUCUUGGGUAUUUAUUAUAGCAUGUCUGCUUUACUUUACAAUGCAAAGUGCGUGGUGGAAACAAUUUAUAGAAUCUGUACAAAAUACUUGGAGAGAAAGCAAUGCGCAACAUGAACAUGUAGAUUAAAAUGUGUCUAUAUGAAUUUUAUUAUGAACUGUUUAUUGAUUAUUAUCAACCAAUUUUUUUUACUAUGGUAGUUAUAAUUUAUCUAUAAUUCAUAUUUUAAGUGAUAUUAUAAAUGAUAGCAUCUAUAAGACGUUAAUGUGAACUGUAAAAAUAUUGAUUUA